UAGCAGUGGCAGUUUGUAAAGCAACUUUAAAAUCCGUCCGUUUACCACUGCAUAUCUCAAACGAUGAUAUGGUUUUACAUGUCUGAGAGUAACUGCCGCGCAUUGAUAUCACAGCUAACAGUUAGCCUAAAGCUAAAUGCGCUAUGUUGUCUUUGACUUCGAUGACGACGGCAAUUUGGACGGGCGGUGCGCUCACUUGUCGUAUUCUCGCCAAACGGAAGUGGGGAUUUCCCACCCGCGCGGCCUGUACCGCAGCACAUCAGAGCACAAUGAUGAAGUACAUCCUGGUAACCGGAGGAGUCAUCUCAGGCAUCGGCAAAGGCAUCAUUGCGAGCAGUGUGGGCACAAUCCUGAAGUCGUGCGGCUUACAUGUCACUGCCAUCAAGAUCGACCCUUACAUCAACAUAGAUGCAGGCACAUUUUCACCCUAUGAGCAUGGUGAAGUGUUCGUGCUGGACGAUGGGGGUGAGGUAGACUUGGAUCUGGGGAAUUACGAACGCUUCCUUGACAUCCGGCUGACCAAAGACAACAACCUGACCACGGGCAAGAUCUACCAGUCUGUCAUCAACAAGGAGAGGAGGGGAGACUACCUGGGCAAAACAGUGCAGGUGGUGCCACACAUCACAGAUGCCAUCCAGGAAUGGGUUGUGAAACAGGCCGCUGUACCAGUCGAUGACGAUGACGUAGAGCCUCAAGUUUGUGUAAUAGAAUUAGGCGGCACUGUGGGAGACAUAGAGAGUAUGCCUUUCAUCGAGGCCUUCAGGCAGUUCCAGUUCAAAGUGAAGAGGGAGAACUUCUGCAACAUUCACGUCAGUCUGAUACCACAGCCCAGUGCAACAGGAGAGCAGAAGACCAAACCAACACAGAACAGCGUCAGAGAGCUGAGAGGACUGGGUCUGUCCCCUGACCUGAUCAUGUGUCGCUGUUCCACCGCUCUGGAAAACUCUGUUAAAGAAAAGAUCUCGAUGUUCUGCCACGUAGAACCUGAACAGGUCAUCUGCGUGCAGGACGUGUCGUCCAUCUACAGAGUGCCGCUACUGCUGGAGGACCAGGGUGUGGUGAGCUACCUGAGCAGGAGGCUGAAUAUGCCCAUCGAGGCCCGACCCAGGAAGAUGCUGACUAAAUGGAAGGAGAUGUCCGACAGGUCGGACAGACUGCUGGAGCACUGCUCUAUAGCGCUGGUGGGGAAGUACACCAAGUUCUCAGACUCUUACGCUUCUGUCAUCAAGGCACUGGAGCACUCAGCCCUGGCCAUUAGUCACAAACUGGAGGUUAAGUACAUAGACUCAGCUCAUUUGGAGCCAAGCACCCUGCAGGAGGAACCGGUGAAAUACCACGAGGCCUGGCAGAAACUCUGCAGUGCUGAUGGAAUCCUUGUUCCAGGAGGUUUCGGUGUCCGAGGAACUGAAGGAAAGAUUCACGCCAUCAACUGGGCGAGGAAACAGAAAAAACCUUUCCUAGGUGUGUGUCUUGGAAUGCAGUUGGCUGUGUGCGAAUUUGCCAGAAACAUGCUUGGCUGGAAAGAUGCCAACUCAACAGAAUUUGAUCCGGAAUCAAAGCAUCCUGUGGUGAUCGAUAUGCCAGAACACAACCCUGGGCAAAUGGGUGGCACAAUGAGGUUAGGGAAGAGACGGACCAUAUUCAAGAGUAACACCAGUGUAUUGCGCAAACUUUAUGGAGACGCAGAGUAUGUGGAUGAAAGGCACAGACAUCGCUUUGAGGUCAAUCCUGAGCUAACGAGUCACUUUGAAGACCAGGGCUUCCGCUUUGUGGGUCAAGAUGUGGAAGGGGAAAGAAUGGAGGUCAUAGAACUGGACGAUCAUCCAUACUUCGUUGGAGUUCAGUACCACCCAGAGUUCACCUCGCGUCCCAUAAAGCCAUCGCCCCCCUACCUUGGUUUACUGCUGGCCGCUGCCGGGAAGCUGCAGGGCUACUUACAGAAGGGCUGCCGUCUGUCUCCACGGGACACAUACAGCGAUCGGAGCGGCAGCAGCACCCCAGACUCCGAGAUAUCAGAGCUCAAAUUGCCUUCUAUCUCGAAUGAAUGACUUGGAGACAAAUCUGGACUUGUUGGGAAGUGGACUACGGCAGGUUUCCUUGUCACUGCAGCACUGACUCCAGGCAGCUGUGAGGCAAGUGUUCAGGGUUUCCCGGCCUGAAAUGUGUUGCCUUCACACAAGCUGAAUCUGGCUACAGUGAGACUCAGGAAUUGACAUUGGAUGGCAUUUUUUUGUCAUAUGCAGAUCCUAUACCACUAUCAGACCCACCCCCUCCCCCCCACAGCUGUACUAUUGUGGCCUUAUUGUAAUUAGAUACCGUUAUAUGGAGUGACAACCAUUUGCAG